GUUUAUUCGUCCGCGUGUUUUUAAGCCGUUUGAAUAAUUUAUUCAGCAUGACAAGCUCAAGAAGCGUUACUUAGCAAUUCCACAUGGUGCUUGAUUAUUUAAUCAUCAUUUGCAUUUGCAACGGUAUUUAUGGCUGCUUAACCGGUCCUUAAUCCACACCCCAGCCUGACAGAGCCAUUCAUCGUUAACAAAGAUCUAAACAUCAUCCCAAAUUAUUUCCUCUCUCUCUCUCACACACACACAAACACAUUUAUUUUCUUUCUCCUCUCAUCUUAAUCUCUGUACGUAACAUAGCAUUAGCAGAUCAGAGAAACCAUGGCGUUCCCAGCUACUAUUGUUAUUCUUCCUUUAGGCAUUCUUUUCAUCCUUUCUGGCUUAAUUGUAAAUAUAAUUCAGGCUGUCUUCUUUGUCCUUCUUCGGCCACUAUCAAAGAACUGUUAUAGCAGAAUAAACAAAUUGCUCACAGAAUCACUAUGGUUGGAGCUUAUAUGGCUCAUUGAUUGGUGGGCUGGCAUCAAGAUUGAGCUAUACACAGAUUCAGAAACUCUUCAAUUAAUGGGUAAGAAAAUUUUAGGUAAAGAAAAUGCACUUGUAAUCUGCAACCACAGGAGUGACAUUGAUUGGCUUAUUGGAUGGGUCUUAGCUCAGCGCUCGGGUUGCCUUGGUAGCACAGUAGCCAUUAUGAAGAAAGAAGUCAAAUUUCUUCCCGUGCUAGGUUGGUCAAUGUGGUUUGCUGAAUAUAUAUUUCUAGAAAGAGACUGGGCAAAAGAUGAAACAUCACUGAAGUCAGGUUUUAGGCAUCUAGAGCACAUGCCAUUCCCUUUCUGGUUGGCCCUUUUUGUUGAAGGAACUCGUUUCACGCAGACAAAGCUUUUACAAGCUCAAGAGUUUGCUGCUUCAAAAGGGCUGCCUAUACCUAGAAAUGUUUUGAUUCCUCGUACUAAGGGUUUUGUCACAGCAGUACAAAGCCUUCGGCCAUUCGUUCCAGCCAUUUAUGAUUGCACAUAUGCAGUUCCAAAGAGUGAGGCUUCACCUACUUUGGUGAGAAUAUUUAAAGGCAUUUCUUGCCCGGUGAAGGUUCAAAUUAAGCGUCACAAAAUGGAGGAACUUCCAGAAACAGACGAUGGCAUUGGACAAUGGUGCAAAGACGCGUUUGUUGCCAAGGAUGCUUUGCUCGAGAAAUAUAGUACUACGGAGAUAUUCAGUGAACAAGAUCUUCAACAAAUCCGUCGGCCUAAAACAUCUAUUUUGGUUGUGGUUUGUUGGUUGUGUCUGCUUGGAUUCCUUGUUUAUGAAUUCUUCCAGUGGACCUCACUCCUCUCCUCCUGGGAAGGCAUCUUAUUUACGGUGCUUUUCCUGCUCCUGGUCACAGUUAUUAUGGAAAUCUUCAUUCAUUCGUCUCAAUCAGAGCGUUCUAAACCCCCCAUGGUUUUACCAACACAAGACCCCAUGAAGCAGAAGCUUCUUCAGACAUGAGCUAGGAAUAGAUUCAGCGCAUGAAUGUUGUUGUUCAUCACAUUUUUCUAUCUCACACCUGUAUAUUAUAGUAAUUUUUUAUCCUCUGUUUCGAAAAUACAGGAUUUCAUUUGGUAAGUAAAAUAAUGUCACAUUAUUACCCCCAUUCAUAUACUUUUCUUUUGAGGCCGGUCCAUA